CAGGAUUUGUGACGUGGUUUACAGUACUGGGGCAGUCUGUAAAGAAAGGCAGACACCGAAAGCAAUCAAGGAGAUCCUGCUGCUAGUUUCGCCACAGCUCCGUGUUCGUGGACGACGUCUGGCUUCUGCCCACAGAGAAAGUGUGGUCGUAUGAAUGUGUCCUUGUUUUUACGUACGUGAGGUAGACAGGACGUCUCAUCCCUCUAGAGAUUCAGUUGUGAAUGGACGUCAGGGCUGUCCACCUCCUGAAUGAAUGAUCAGUUGGCUGGUUUUAAGGAUACCUCAUGGAAACUUUUGUAUUCAGUGACACGUCGGUUUUUACUGUGAAUGCUCUCUGGACUAUUUAAUUUGACGCGUUUCCUCUGUUUUGGAUUGACCUUUUUAUAAUUUAACCGUAUGUAUUGCUGAUCUGGUCGCUAUUUGACAGCUGAAACAUGACGCUUUAUGUAGAAGGUCUGAGUAAAGGAGAGGCCAGAGGUGGGAUGGCUGAGUUCCAGGAAAUGAUGCGGCAGCAGCUGGAGAGCUCCAUGCACACCGAACUGGAGAAACUGCUGGACACAACCACAGGCGCAGAGAGAGAGGUGUCCAGGAAAGACUUUGAGGGCUUCAAGAAUCUUUUCCACAGAUUUCUGCAGGUGAAGGGGCCAUCGGUAGAAUGGAUAAAGAUCCAGAGACCACCAGAAGACUCGAUCCAGCCCUACGAUAAGAUCGCUGCUCGAGGCCUGCCAGACAACGUUGCUAACAGCCUGAACAAAUUGGUGGUGGUGAAGCUGAAUGGAGGCCUGGGCACCAGCAUGGGGUGUAAGGGCCCCAAGAGCCUGAUCAGUGUCCGCAACGAGAACACCUUCCUGGACCUCACUGUGCAGCAGAUAGAGCACCUGAACAAGACCUACAACACUGACGUGCCCCUGGUCCUCAUGAACUCCUUCAACACAGAUGAGGACACGAAGAAGAUCCUGCAGAAGUACACACACCACCGUGUCAAGAUACACACCUUUAACCAGAGCAGGUAUCCUCGCAUCAACAAAGAGUCCCUCCUCCCCGUGUCCACAAACUUGAGAAUGAAUGGGCAGAGCUCAGAAGGCUGGUACCCUCCAGGGCACGGCGACAUUUACGCCAGCUUCUACAACUCGGGCCUGCUGGACCAGCUGAUUGCGCAGGGCAAAGAGUACAUCUUUGUGUCCAACAUCGACAACCUGGGAGCCACCGUCGACCUCCACAUCCUGGACCACCUGGUCAGCCAGCCCAACGGCAAGCGCUGCGAGUUCAUCAUGGAGGUGACGGAUAAGACGCGCGCUGACGUCAAGGGUGGCACGCUGAUCGAGUAUGAAGGAAAACUGCGCCUGCUGGAGAUCGCCCAGGUCCCCAAGGCCCAUGUGGAUGAAUUUAAAUCAGUUUCCAAGUUCAAGAUCUUCAACACCAACAACCUGUGGCUGUCUCUAGCUGCUAUCAAGAGGCUGCAGGAACAGAAAGCAAUGGACUUGGAGAUUAUAGUCAACCCCAAGACCCUUGACGGCGGGCUGAACGUCGUGCAGCUGGAGACGGCGGUUGGCGCCGCCAUCAAAUGCUUUGAAAACGCCCUGGGCAUCAACGUACCUCGCAGCCGCUUCCUGCCCGUCAAGACCACAUCGGACCUGCUGCUGGUCAUGUCCAACUUGUACAGCCUGGAGGCGGGCUCUCUCAUCAUGAGCCCCAAGAGAGAGUUCCCAACAACGCCACAUGUCAAACUGGGCAGCUCCUUCACCAAGGUUCAGGAGUACGCAUCCCGCUUCGAGAGCAUCCCUGACAUGCUGGAGCUCGACCACCUGACGGUGUCUGGAGACGUCACCUUUGGGAAAAAUGUUUCUCUCAAGGGCACCGUCAUCAUCAUCGCCAACCACGGAGAUCGGAUUGAUAUUCCAGCCGGCUCCAUGCUGGAAAACAAAAUUGUAUCUGGAAACCUCCGCAUCAUGGACCACUAAUGCCACCCCCCCCACACACACACACACACACACACACACACACACACACACACACACACUCGUCAUGUGACCCAGUUGGCUUUCUCCCAGUCAUGUGACCCAUUUGUCAAGUUUAUCCGACACCAACAGAUUGUGGGAGGAAGUGUUUCUCCCUGAAGGCUGUGUGUGAUUUCAUGUGCAGUCUCAACAUUAGGAAGUAGUUUACAUAGCUGGUGGUGGUUUGUAGCUGGGACGUACUGCCCUCUACAGAACGUUUAUUAUAUGACAUAAUAAGCUACUUAUAACAAUAACAAUGACCUAUAACCAUGAUAGAGAGACAAACAACAGAUUUUAUUUUCCAUCCUCCUUUAACUGUAGCGAAUUGUACUGUUUUUUUGGGGGGG